AUGGAGACCGAAAUGGCCGCCGCCACGUGUGCCCGAGGCACAAAGAAACUUGACCUUGAGACCAGGCUGGAUGAGCUGUUCGCCAGGUUCUGGAGGACAAUAGCCUCCAGGGACCAACAGGCCAAGGCAUACCACCCUGUCACAGUCCUGCCGGUGAUCCCCCAACAAACGUGCACACCGCCUCGCGCCAACAAAGCCUGCGGAUGGCAAAACCGAAAAGCCCGUAAACCCAAGCGACUACCAAUACCUAUGGCGAUGACCCGCUCAUACAAGGGCCCGGCAAAACUUAACAUACCUGGGAGGCAUGAAAAGGCGGUCCCGCUGCAGCGACACACUGCGCUAAACGGGGACCGGACAGGGGCGAAGGGCCCCAGGCAGACCACACCGCAACACCCCUACCGACAACACUCGGAGGUAGGCCCUGGCAUACCACGGAGGCGACACCACAGCCGGCGACACAUCACCUCACGCAGACUCUUUCACGUUGGCAGGUCCACCCCACCGGAAUGGGGCCAUGCCUAUAUCAACGCAGAGACCCCAUGCAUCGAACGAAGAGGCUGGACACUCUAUAACACCAAGAAGAUCCCUGCAACCAGACUGCACGCCCUGAGAGCUGGAGUUGGCUAG